AUGGCGCUGUCGCAGGGUCCAGUGAGCCCGACAGCGUCGACGUGCACGGCGGAGACGGCGCGCGGCCGGCACACGUUCGUGGUCGCCGGGUACAGCCUGCACAGGGGCCUCGGCGCCGGCAAGUUCAUCCGCUCCGUCACCUUCCACGUCGGCGGCCACGGCUGGAGCGUCCGCUGCUACCCCGACGGGCACACCGGCAAGGACAGCAACCAGGACUUCGUCUGCGUCUACAUCGAGCUCAUGGCGGCGAAGCAGGGCGCCGCCGAGGUGCGGGCGGUCUACGACCUGAGGCUCGUGGACCUCCUCACCGGCGAGUCCAAGGUCCUCUUCCACCCGGCGGCGCCGAGGGCGUUCAGCGGCGAGAGCCCGGUCUGGGGCGCCCGGUGGUUCAUACGGCGGACGGAGCUGGAGGCGUCGACGUACCUGCGAGAGGACCGCCUCGUGAUCGAGUGCGACCUCACCGUGAUCGUGGCGAAACAAGAGGCCUCACCCCAGACACCAUGCGAGGUCAUCCAAGCGCCGCCGUCGGACCUGCCGGUCGACUUGGGGAAGCUGCUGAAGACGGCGGAGGGCGCUGACGUGGCGUUCAAGGUCCAGGAGGAGACCUUCCGGGCGCACCGGGUCGUGCUCGCGGCGCGCUCGCCGGUGUUCGAGGCGGAGCUCUACGGACCACUGAGAGAGAAGAGCGACGGUGAGGCCGUCAUACCGGUGGAAGGCGUGCAUCCUGAUGCUUUCAGAGCGCUGCUCCACUUCAUCUACACGGACUCGUUGCCGGCAACGGACGACGACCUCGACGGAGACGAGAGCAAGGAGAUGGUCAAGCAUCCACUCGUGGCGGCGGACCGGUACGCCAUGGAGAGGAUGAAGCUGGUGUGCGCGAGCAUCCUUUGCAGGAGACUUGACGUCGAGGGCGUGUCGACCACCCUAGCUCUACCUGACCGCUACAGUUGCAGCGAGCUCAAAGAUUCCUGCAUCCAGUACGUCAUCUCUUCGAAUAGCAUGGAUGAGGUGGUGGCGAGCCGAGGGUACGAGGAGCUCAAAAGGGCGUGUCCUGCUACCACCGUGGAGUUGUGGGAGAAAGCAUCAUCAUCCAAGUCGCACAAGAUUGCGUAUGCUGAGCAGCGUGAUGAGCGCGUCCUAGACGAGCUAGAUUAG